GCCUUGAGAAACGAAGGAGCUAGCUAGAUCUACCAUGCAGUAGAACCGAGGCAGGGACAUGAGCGUGGCCGUCCUUUGCAUUUUGUAGUGAAACGACGUGAGUACCAAAAUAACACUUUACACGCGGCCAGAACUGUCCUGCAUUUCUUGCAACUCUGCGGCAGCGCGCAGCAGCCGGGCCAGGACCCAUCCGACAAUGCCUUUCUGCAAUUAUUUGCAGCUCAGUUAGUAGAUAGUGCCGGUGGUCGUUUACCAUAACACCCUACUAUGUAGGCUAGCUACUCCGUCUUCUUGCAGUUCAAGCAGUAGACUUGGAACAAUAAUCCGUCGCCGUCUGACGUGACCAGCUGGAAGCCUGCUUUCCCGCCUGAAGCGACCUGUCUUGCCUCUGAAACUUCCGAUAUCUCAGUCUGGAAACUAAGUUACUUCAAAGUAACGUCUGCCUGCAGAUACCAAGCAGCUGCGGCCGAGAACGUAGCAGUGCACGGAACACAGGAGGAGGCGAGACUCUUGGUUUCGAGCACUCAGAACAACGCAGGACUCGCUGGCCGGCAAAGAGCAAAAUAAACGUCGUCCGCAUAGUAUUAAACGUUAGCCAGCGUAACUUACGACGCAACCAUGACUCGAUUAAUCAUGGUGGUAGCGCUGGCGUGGAUAACAUCAUUGAUGCGUUUCACGUCUUCAGGCAUCCACGUUUACGUGGGGUUUGCGUGCUCGUUCAAUGACACAACCGUCAGCUUGUGCCAGGGCGUGGAUUCUUUGGGGCAGCCGGCCUACAAUAUCUUUGAGGCAUUCUCGUUCUACCUGGAGAGCACAACCCUGCUUGGGUUUUUGCUGGUGCUAGGUUUGUGGGAGAACUACUACUUCAGCCGGCUAGUGUUGCUACACCUUGCACGUAUGCCAAGCUUUUUUAUAUUGCUCAUGCUGAUCCUGACCUGCAUGAUUCUCGAGCCGUUCUGCACACUUGAUACCCAGCUACACGGCAUCUCCAGGGAUAUCUGGGUCCUGGGAUAUGAGCUUGAGCUGGCCAUGUAUUUCAUGUCGGCCAUGUGCGUGUUGCACGUCAGUGGCGAUGUACUGUGUGCCACCAUCAACAAUGAGCCUGCUGUAGCCAGGAGCAGAGCAGGCGCCAGAGUGUGCAGGCUAGGCUGGCAACUGUUCCUAGUGGCUAGUGCAAUACACAGCAUUCUGCUUGCUGCCUACGAUGCAAUGAAGAUAUCGAGCACGCUGAGAAGACGCCACAUUCCACACUCGGACUUCGACUCACUCUCCCUCAUCGUUUCCAUAACGACCCGCUCAUUUUUAGCCAACACAUUCUACACUAAGCUGUUUGACUGGCCACAGGGGGAGGAGAGCAAAAAGCCUGUUAACGUCAUGAGCACUAACUUCCCUAGACCGCCAGAUCGAGAAGUCGACACAGCAGUUACCGAUGGCAUCGCAGCUUCGGCAAGUGAUACUGCAGAGACAGAAAAUGAUGAUGCGACGACACAUAGUAUGAGUAUGACUGCGAGUGGAAAGUUUACAAGGUCCGGGCCUGCUGCGGUGACGACGGUGGAGGAUGACCUUAGAAGGAGCGGCCCGUCCGCCUCUCGAAGACUAACUGCAUCGAGUGGACAGUAUCGUACCUUUGGCCAACACACACCAAGUAAGAAAUCCAGGGCAGGACAAGAAGAAGAAAAGCAAACGCUCCUUUAGUUGGAUAACUAGGUCAUGUAUUUCCGCCGUCCAAUUCGUGUACGUUUGCUGUUGGGCACGAGGAAUGGAAAACGCUUGGCUAUCCAUUGUGCGUACAGUGAGGUUUGUUUUCUGUGUGAGGUUGAUCCUGGAUGCUGGUAAUGGACAUGUAAUUCUCUGGUAGGCUGAGUACACACCCAUUGGCCCACAUUUAUUGGCACAGCGUUGUAUAUGUAUGUGCUACCAAUCAAAAUCAUUCUAUUUCAACGGCUUUCGUUUUAGGCAUAUGCGGUGCAUUUCGACCUCGGAGAACAUGAAAGCCCUUUGUAAUUCUACUUGUACACAUCUAGGUAUGAUUGUCCCGCGUUAUUCCUCAUCUCAUGGCAUUCUGCAGCUCAGGUGCGUGCCGGCAUUCCUGUGCCUGUGGUCACUACCGUUAUAAACUAUUUUCCAUUCUAUUGUUUCUGCAGUGUGGUUACUAGCUAAUACGAUACUCCGAAGAACACAAUCCCUUUUUUCUUCUCUUUUUACAAUCAUUCGGAUGUUGUGUUUUCUAUACCUAGUCCUACAGAACUAAAAUUAAUACACACACACAAUACUGUCAUGUUCUUGAACAAUCCUGACUAUCACUACCAUCAUCUCUGUCAUCCAUGGAUGGGGAUUCCAUAAUUUGUAUUGCAUGUAUGUGGCUGUUAGUACAUUUAUUUCUGAGCCUGAAUAAAA